UCUUCUCUUCACAGACGACACUUAUUAUUCUCCAUUCUCUUCCAGCUUAUUGCUUGCACUCAACUGCAAUUCUCAUUAAACAAUCCGUCUCCAUCAACACUUUACUGCUUCCUCGGAUAACAGUUUCAGCAAUUUUUUGUCUAAAAGAUGGCUUCUAUAACACCCAUCUCCCGCGCUCAACCCCUCUAUAAGAAACCUCAAUUGGGAGUUUCGAAAAAGCCCCAAGUUCAGUUUUUGUCGAUGCCCACAUCGAGUUUUUCGGCCAAGAAGUCGAGGAUGGUGGUGAUUGCAGCCACCACGGCGGCGGAGAAGGGAAAGAAGAGGUAUCCCGGCGAGGCUAAGGGGUUUGUGGAGGAGAUGAGAUUUGUGGCUAUGAAGCUGCACACCAAGGAUCAGGCCAAGGAGGGGGAGAAGGAGCCGCAGGGGCAGCCUGUUGCUAGAUGGGAGCCUACCGUGGAAGGUUACUUGCGAUUCUUGGUUGAUAGCAAAUUGGUUUAUGAUACUCUUGAGAGGAUUGUGGACAAAGCUGCUUUCCCUGAAUAUGCAGAAUUUAAAAACACGGGACUUGAGAGAUCGGAAGGACUUGCUAAGGAUCUUGAAUGGUUUAAGGAGCAAGGUCAUGCCAUCCCGGAACCAUCAUCUCCUGGCAUUAACUAUGCUCAGUAUGUCGAGGAAUUAUCUGAAAAAGAUCCUCCAGCUUUCCUUUGCCAUUUCUACAAUACAUACUUUGCUCACUCAGCCGGUGGCAGGAUGAUAGGAAAGAAGGUAGCUGAGAAGAUCCUAAAUGGCAAGGAAUUGGAGUUCUACAAAUGGGAAGGGGAGCUGUCCCAACUGCUGCAGAAUGUUCGCGACAAGCUAAACAGAGUUGCUGAAAACUGGAGUAGGGAGGAGAAGGAUCAUUGCCUCGAAGAAACUGAAAAAUCGUUCAAGUUUUCCGGGGAAAUUCUUCGUCUGGUGCUGUCCUGACUUUUAUUGCCAAACUUGGUAUUUCUAUGUUUAAUUCUAAGAUGAAAUCUCGUUCA